GUGCCCCUGGACUUGGUGCAGCAGCUGCGUGCAGCACAGCAAGGGCUACCGAGACCUCUUCCGGCUCUUCUGGCAGCGGCUGCAUCAGGUGACAGCAGCCAAGUGAGGAGGAUCCUUCGCCGUGCCGAUCGCGGCUUCAUGCUGGCAAAGGUCCACACCAGAGACGACAGCAGCCGAACUGCUCUUCACCUUGCGGCCAUGCAUGGCUACGCGGAGGUGUGUGAGCUGCUCCUCGAAUGCAGGGCCGACAUCCACGCCCAAGAAGGUGCAGGUGACACGGCCCUGGCUUUGGCCUGCCUUCACGGCCACUCCUCUGUGGCGCGCUGCCUUCUCAGAAGAGGUGCACAUCCGGAGCAGGUGAACCAAAAGGGCAGGAGUGCGUUUCACUUCGCAUGUUGUUGCACUCCGAAGUUCGCUCUCAAGCUACUGCGAAGCAGUCGGGAGUUUGCCACCCAGAAGGAUGCAGAUGGUCGAAAUCCGCUCUACUACGCUCUGGGCAGCACCUGCGACGACGUGAGAAUCAAGGUUCUUGCGAAACUGCUGGACGUGAAAUGCAGCCCUGUCCAGGCCGAUGCUUGCGGACGUUCGGCGCUGAACUACGCCCUCUGGGGAAAGGAGCCACCUGCAGUGGUGAAGAUGCUCAUGCCGACGGAAGACCGGGAGAAAGCGCGGCGAUUGCAGGCUGCCGGGUCGACGAGAGCCGGUAGCGAGGAGGCCUCUUUGCCCGGAUCCUGCAAUGCCGACCAUGAAGACAUGGUACGACUAGUGCCAGAUCCAACAGCUUGCACUUCGACCGUUCCGAAGGACGAGAGCUCACGCACGCGAUCAGUGCAGACCGAACUUACCGGACUCGAGGAGGAGAUCGCAUCGCUGUGCACAGUGAAAGCCAAUCUCGGCGAAUCGACCGAGCAUCACAAGUCGGUGGAGGUGGACAGGGCAGGCGCAGGUGCCGCGAAGAUCGAGGAGGAGGUCGCAUGCCCACUUCCGGCGAAUACGGUACAGGUCAGGAUCAUGAUGAAGGACGAGGGCGCAUGCGCACGAUCAGUGAAGACCGAGCAGGGCGGGCUGGAGGAGCAGGUCACAUGCCUGUGCACAGCGAAGGCCAAUCUCGGCGAAACGACCGAGCAUCACAAGUCGGAGGAGGAGGAGGCGGCAAAGACCGAGCUUAGCGAAGCAGAUGAUAGGUAUCGAAAGCUGGAGGACGAGGUCGCGGCUCUACGCUCGGCACAGGCCGAGCUCCGGCAGGUGAGCGACAGGUAUCACAAGCUGGAGGAAUCCUUCCAGAUGAUCGCUGGCCUACGAGCUGCGACUGCUACCAAAAGCGAGCUUCUGGAAGAGAAGGACAAGGUCCCUGGGCGAUCGCCGGAGACGGAGCUCCGCGGGUUGGAGGAUGAGGUUACCGGCCUGCGCGAGUCCAAUGCUGUGCUCCGAGAAGCCUAUGACACCCUGAAGGCUGCUUUUCAGCCCUUUCGUGAAGACCCAGGGCUCCUCUGUGAGGACGUGUCGCGGCCCGCCAUGCAAAAGCCAGGGUGUGUUGCCGAAGACCGAGCCCUUCGUGAAGCGGGCUUCUUCGUGGACCUCUGCCCAGCGCCUACAGCCAGCCCUGUGGCACCGGAGGCUGACCGUCCGCCAGUGAAGACCGCAGAGGUCGCAGAAGCCCGAGAUCAGAGUCAGGAGCCGAAGGAGGAGGUUCUGGCUUGCCUCUUUGCUGAGAUUUCGAAGCUCAGACGAGAGAAUGAGGAGCUGAAGCAAAACGCCGCUGCAAAGGACAUUCCUCCAUUGCCCCACCAGCCCAUGGAUGCCACCAACUCCUGCCAGAGAGAGGAGUCUCCGAUGGCACCACCGCUUCCUCCACAGGAGCCUUCGGCAGCACCACCACCUCCGUCCGAGGAGCCUCCGGCAACCCGUCCACAUCCUCCCGAGGAGCCUCCCGCAUCACCGCCACGUGUUUCCGAGGAGCCUCCGUCAUCCCCGCUGCCUCUUUGCGAGGAGUCUGCAGCAUCACCGCCGCCUCCUUCCGAGGAACCUCCACUACCGCCGCCAUCAGAUCCUGCGCAGGCUCUCGAGACCGCAAGCGUGGCCGGGCAUCGGCAGGAAAUGCCGGCGAAGCGACCCUGCGGCGAUUCGCAGGAAGCUGUCCCUGAGCCUUCGCAGGAAGCCAACCUGGAGGAGAAUGUGAAAGAGGAGGAUGCUACAGCAUUACGGCCGUCUGCCUCCGAGGGCUCCGCAGCAUCGCCGCCCCCUUCGUGCGAGGUGCCACCUGCUUCCGAGGAAAUGCCGGCGAAGCGACCCUGCGGCGAUUCGCAGGAAGCUGUCCCUGAGCCUUCGCAGGCAGCCAACCUGGAGGAGAAGGUGAAGGAGGAGGAUGCUACAGCAUUACGGCCGUCUGCCUCCGAGGCAGCAUCGCCGCCACCUCCUUCCGAGGAGCCUCCACUUCCUCCGCCAGCAGAUCCUCCACAGGACAUCAAGAAAGCCAGACACGUGCAUGUGGCCGAUGGCCAGACAAGCCACGCCAACGACAAGAAGGCGAAGCUCGCAGAGAGGAACGUCAAGACGCAGGGAAGUCUAUCAGCUGUCCGUCCAGCUGCAAGCCAGGCCGAGAUGACAGCACCUGUACCAGCUGUUCCUACAGCUGCAGAGUACGACCUGAGCGACAGACAAGCCCUGGCUCGCUUUCUGGUGGAUGCCAACAUUCGACUGGUCCGCACGGAAUUCCUGCAGAAGUUGCACGAAGAUAAAGAGCGGCUGCCACGGCGGCAGGAGGCAGAGUCCUACCACCUUGCGGAUCUCGUCACGCACGACGAGGUGUUGGAGUGGGCGAGACGGGAUGAGUCCGAGGUGAGCCUCAUCAUUUCAGUCUCCCACUGUUGGGAGGCUCGCGAGCAUCCUGAUCCCUGGGGUUAUCAGCUCCAGAGGAUUGUCCUCGCUCUGGAGGAAUUCUGGCAAGAGCGAUCAAGUGAGGAAUUCUGGCAAGAGCGCUCAAGGGAGAAGAGGGCGGCGUGUUCAGUGGAGGGUGGAGAAGCCUCACCAGAAGGACAAGGAGUGUCGCCCACGACGAGGCCGAAACCUUGGGUGUUCUUGGACUAUAUGUCCUUGUUCCAGUUCGUCAGAAAUUCCGACGAGGAGCAGAGCUACCAGAGGGCCGUGAAAGGCAUACACACGAUGUAUGCGCAUGAGCACACACGCACCCUGCGCAUCGCGCGCCUCACGCCCUCCGAGUGGAAACACGAGAAUGCCAAACGGCUCAAAGUAUAUUUCGAGCCGGAGAAGUGUUUGAAGGAAGUAGCAGUGUCGGAUCUUUCUUUGAAUGAAGUUCCCUUCCUGAAGCGUGGCUGGUGCUUCUCGGAGACGCAGUGGUCGGCGAGCCGCACUGCCAGCAACCGGUCCUGGGAGGUGGACAGCGCAGAGGCCGACCCGGCAGGCGAGCUCCCGAUGGCGCCGGAAGCUUUCGAAGCCCAGGUGAAGGAGGGUGGCCUCCAGUUUUCAUAUCCCCAGGACGCCAAGUUCGUGAAGCAGCUGCAGCUGGAAGUCUUCCGGCAAAAGGCGAAGAGCAUCAAGGAGCUGAGGCUCUCUGCGCUGGGAGAGAAGGAGCUUGAAACUGCCAUGGAGACCCUGCAGCACUACACAGGUCUUCAGACUCUGGAGAUCGCAAACUGCAAGCUCCCGGUGCAGCUCCCAAGCAUGCUCCAGGCCAUUAUGCAGACGCAGAUUCUGGCAUUGUCUCUGGACCACAGUGGCAUGGAUGACCACAGUGCGCGUGAGCUUGCGAAGGCGCUCGAAGAGAAUAAGGCGCUGAAAAGCCUCAGCCUGCGCAAGAACAAUAUCAAGGACGGUGUCCUGGCAUUGGUCGAGGCGAUGGAGGUUAACCAAGAAUUAACGAAGCUGGACAUCAGCGAGAACGACAUUGGGCCUUUUGCCCUGACGAUCUUCAAGCAUGCCAAGGCCCGCAAGCGUGAAGUGGUUCACCGGGACGUGGCUUUCUUCAUAGACGCGGAGGAGGCCGGCGACGCCGAGUAUCAAAAGGCUGAUAGCCUGAGCCUCCUGCUUGCCAGCGAGGAGCAGGUGCUUCGGUUCCUUGAGAUCACGUCGGCCCUGGGUUCUCCGUUGAUGCGGCUGAAGCUGACGAUGCAAAGCGAAAGUUGUUGCGACGUCCUACCUGCCAUCGGAAAGUUGCAGCAGCUCACUUCCUUGAGCUUGGACAUGAAGGCAAGGGCGAUCCAAGAUGCUGGAUGCAUUAGUUUAGCAAAGGCUCUGGCCCAGCUCAAGCAGCUCCAGUCCGUGACUUUGAAUUUGAGAUCCAACUCCAUCGGUGAUGAAGGCUGCGCAGCUUUGGCAGAAGUGCUUCGGCACUCGCCGCAGCUCACCGCCAUGAACUUGCACCUCGAUGACAACCGGAUCAACAACACAGGGUGCCUCGUUUGGGCGGUGAACUUGCGUGAAAUGCAGCACCUCACCAGCAUGAGGGUUAGCUUCCGGGGGAACCAGGAAAUCAGCGGUGAGGCCUGGGCGGUCUGGCUGGAGGCAGUGGGAAAUCUGAGGAGGCUAAGGAACGUCACCCUGGUGAGUCUUCGGCGGCGCACGAUCGAAGCUUCACCCAAGGCUUUGAAAGGAGUGGUAGGUCAUCUUCGCGAGCUUUACCUGGCCAGUGCAUCAAGGCACCGCAAGGCCGGAGCUUCACUGUGCAGUACAUUGGCCGGAGCACUCAGCCAGCUGCAGCAGCUGAGAUCUAUAGGUCUGGAUGUUGCCGAUAACUUCGUGGACGACUUGGGGUGCACUGCUCUGGCAGAUGCGCUCGGCAAGUUGCAGUGGCUCACAACCUUGAGCUUAGACAUGAGCUGCAACUGUAUCAGAGACGCAGGCUUCAGCGCUUUGAGCGCAGCACUUCGCCGGCUGAAGCCGUUGAAACAUGUGACCUUGAACUUGAGGUCGAACUGCAUGGGAGACGCCGGAUGCCGCGAUCUGGCAAAGGUCCUAGGGCAGCUUCCCGAGCUUUCCUCCCUCUGCGUGGACAUCGGAUUCAACACGUGGAGGAAGGACAUAGCACUGACUGCCUGGACACAGACGCUCCCGCAGUUGCGGGACCUCGCCUUUUUGGGUCUGGAUAUGGAGAAGCGGUCGAAGAGCCGGCACCUCCUCCUCCAGCGGGAGGUUGGGAAGAACCGCUGGGCGGCGUUGUACACGGCCUUCGGCCUCGCUUUGGGGAAACUCCGGAGUGUGGAGAUCUUGCACCUGCGCCUCAGGGGAGCGAUUGGUUCA